CGCAAAAGAAGAAAAAAAUCUCACUCAACGCCAGUCAGUCAGUUGCUGGUCUGCACUUGAGCACGGAAGGUCGGAGCGGGUAAGAAACAAUUACUGCUUCAAUGCUGCAAAGUUGCUGACUUGAUUGGACCCAUUUGGUUUUUAUUUGGCCGUUCUGCAUAAUGACUGCUUGCUUCAGGCUGCUGAUGAUGUUACUGGUGGCGCGUGCAUCGUAUCUGUUGGCUGACAGUGAACAAACCGAGAACGGAAGGGACGACCAUCAAUCGUCGAAGGUGCUGUCCCGGAGAAAGCGUUACGUAGUGUUCCCUGAAGGCUCCAGCUUUUCGGUGGCCGUUUGCAUGACGAUCGGCAUAUACGGCAAUCCAAACUAUCAGAUGUUCAGCUGGGCUCUCAAUUGGGGCAUUGCGUACAAUUUACCAAACCAAACGUCGACUUUCGAGCUAGAGAUGCAGGAACCAAAACCAGUUGCCCAGAGACGUCACCGGCGGGAAUUGUACCAUCGAAUGGAGGUGGCUAUGAAUGACAUGGGCUACAAUGGUCGUAAUUGCGUUCUGCGGGCACUCUGCGAAAGCUCGCAGUUCUUCGGUUCGAAAGGGGGCAACAUGGUCGCAGAAAUGUUGCGGACUCUGUUUAGCUUUCCCAAGUCCAAAGUGCUAUCGUUCGAGCACAAUGACAUCCGGAUCUACGACGACGCUCACCGAAGGGGCAGAAACAAGGUGCUCUGUCAGUCACUGUUUCCCGAAUGUGGUUUCUCACUGUUAGAACUAGCUCUGGGAAAAUAUUCCAGCCCAUAUAUUUUUAUGUAAAGAAUCGGCUGAAAUAAACAUUUUUGCACAGUUUUAACUCUUUAUUUUUAUACCACAUUUU